GGGAGCCGGGGCUGUGGGCGGCUCGCAGGGCGGGGGACGCGUCUCGCACACGCACACGCGCGGCAGCCCCGGGACCGGCGGCUCCUCCCGCCGCAUUAAAACGAGCCAAGUUCCCCGCCGGGGGCAGCGGCGGGUCCGGGCGGUGCGGCCGGUCCGGGCGGUACUGCCCGGCCCCGGGGAUGCACCCGAACGCCACGGCCCCGGCCGUGCCCGCCGGGCCCCUGCACCCGCACCCCAGCGGCUAUGCCAACGCCUCCAACCGCUCCGACCUGCUCCCCAAAGUGCCCGACGAGGAGGAUCUGGACGUCAACACCGACAUCUACUCCAAAGUGAUGGUGACCGUCAUCUACUUGGCUCUUUUCUUGGUGGGCACCGUGGGCAACUCCAUCACGGCGUACACGCUGGUGCGCAAGAAGUCGCUGCAGAACCUGCAGAGCACCGUGCACUACCACCUGGCCAGCCUCGCCUUCUCCGACCUCCUCAUCUUCCUGCUCUGCAUGCCCAUCGAGCUCUACAACUUCAUCUGGGUCCAUCACCCCUGGGCUUUCGGGGGAGCCGUUUGCAAGGGCUACUACUUCCUCCGGGACGCCUGCACCUAUGCCACGGCGCUCAACAUCGCCAGCCUCAGCAUGGAGCGCUACAUGGCCAUCUGCCACCCCUUCAAAGCCAAGAGCAUCAUGUCCCGCAGCCGCACCAAGAAGUUCAUUAGCUGCAUCUGGAUCGCCUCCUUCCUCCUCGCCAUCCCCAUGAUCUUCACUAUGGGGCAGAUCUACGCCAAGGACCGGGAUCCCGACUCCCUCAUCUGCACCACCAUCGUGGACACCUCCACGCUGAAGACGGUCAUCCAGGUCAACACCUUCAUCUCCUUCGUGUUCCCCAUGGUCGUCAUCUCCGUGCUCAACACCAUCAUCGCCAACCAGCUCAUUGUCAUGUUCAAGCAGGCGGCCCAGGAGAACCAGGUGUGCACCAUCGGCGGGCAGCAGACGAUGCUCAGCAUGUCCAUGGAGCCCAGCCGCGUGCAGGCCUUGAAACACGGCGUGAGGGUCCUGCGUGCUGUGGUGAUCGCCUUCGUGGUCUGCUGGCUCCCUUACCACAUACGGCGCCUCAUGUUCUGCUACGUCCCCUCCAGCCACUGGACAGAUUUCCUUUACAACUUCUACCACUACUUCUACAUGCUGACAAACGUCCUCUUCUACGUCAGCUCAGCAAUCAACCCCAUCCUCUACAACCUGGUGUCGGCAAACUUCCGUCAGAUCUUCCUCUCUACACUCACACUCGUGUGCCUGCCAUGGAGGAAGAAGAAGAAACGACUGGCCUUCACCAGGAAAUCCAACAGUAUCUCCAGCAACCACACAUUUUCCAGCCAGGUCACAAGGGAGACCACAUACUGAAGCCAAAGGAGGAAGGGAAAUGCAAUUCAUCAUGGAGUCAAAACCUGAGAGAGGCCUCUGUGACUCUCGUGCAUGGUCUCCAAAUUCACGUAACACAAAUGUGUUUAGCAAAGUCAUUUUUGUUGGAAAAAUAGGCUUUGUUCCGCCAGUAACUUUGAGGUUAUUUUAAAGCAUUGGCCUUGCCUCUUGUGAGUAAUGUCUACACAUAUUGUAACUUCAGUCUGGCAUAAAUCCAGAUGUGGUGUUAACUGGGAAGCCAAAAUAUGUUAAACUUAGGCAAAACCGUACUGCAUUUCAUCCUUUUCUCAGUGCAGAGUUGCCGUGUUCACAUCCAAGGGUUUGAGAUCACAUCUCUUGGUGGCACCGAGCAGAGAACCCAACGAGGAGAAAGCAGUUUUGAACAGAGAGGGAUGUUUUUGGAGAAUGGACAUGCUCAUCUCUGGGAUGUUCAGUGGACAAGGAGUGAAAGCUCAGGGAGCCAGGUGGUUACUUUAGAAAUAUAUCUACACUUUGAGUAAUAUGACCAAGGUGCUCAAGAGAGCCACUCUGGCUCCUUGAAAUCAAAUAAGAACAGAUGAUGCCUUACCUGGGGUGGCUGUGGCCUGGGGAAAUGGGGGGCACCUUUGGCUUUAGGGCAUCCAUAGUGCCUGGCACAGCAAACGCCCUCUCUUGCUGGUUUUGGUGUCACAACACCAAUAAAUAGCAGAGUCUCUGGCAAAGUCAAGAAUGCAGAGGCUGUGCCCAGCUGGAGUGCUGAAAAUGAACAGAAAUGGAAAAUCUUAUUCUUUCCAUACAGUCAAAUCCUAUUUUUUACAGCGGAGAACAGUUUGCUGGCCUGCAUUAAGAGGUGAGAAAACUUCAAGGUCAUGAGUGCUCCAGGCUGCUGAGGUAAGAGCAAUCUGCUCCAAUUCUGUGAGACCUUCAGAUUUUUCCCAUUCUUAUUCCAAUUUUACCUGUUUCCUCACCAUUUUCACAAAGCUGAUGUCUCAUAGGUUAUAGCAGCUGUAGGCAGCAGGGCUUCUUGUUUUACCUUUUCUUUUAUUUCUUUUUACUGCCAGACCUGUUGGCACACUGAUCUGUACCCAAAAUCUUCAGGUAGUGCAAAUGGAGAACACAAGAAAGUCUAACCUGAGGAGUCUUAACUCUAAAACAACUUUUUUAACAAGCCGGAGGAACAAGAAAUUUCUCAGUUCAGGAUAGGUGGCAUGAGCUUUUCUCCCAUAUGGUUCCACCUCUAACAGCCCUUUAACUAUGUGAUACAGCAUGUUGCUCCAGAGUCUUUAGUACCAGAAAUCACAGGGCUCUGGGACAAGUUGAAGGGCUUUCCCUGCUGUCACAUCACCAGAUGUGCACAAACCUGGAACCAACCUAUCAUCCUGUGCAACCUUUGCUGUUGAUGACCUUGUGGCCCCUUUCACACCACAGUUCAUUAGGAGAGCAGGACUUGUCUCUUUAUCAUGACAAAGUAGAAGAGUCACUUGGCUCGAUUCUGCUUUCUGGGCUUUGCCCAUCCCAUAUCACUCUUCAACUAACGAUCACCCCUGGUACCUAACAGAAAUCUCAGUGCUGGAGGUGUGGAUCUGGCCCCAGUGAACUGUCACAAAAUGAUGGAGACCAGUUACUGAAUCACUGGGUGCUGGUGACUUCUCCUACAGAUGUUGUAUCAUAGAAUCAUAGAACAUGUCAAGUGGGAAGGGAUGCACAAGGAUCACUGAGCCCAACUCCCUGGAGUUGUGAUUUAGGCCCUGUUGGGCUCAGGACAUACAGAAAACACCCAUGGGGCAUUUCCUGUGAGUUGUUGGUGAUGACUGACUACUUCUGAGGCAUUUUAUAACCUGGCAGUUGUACAGAGCUACCAUGGUAGACCAUCAACCGACUCCAGCCACACCAGCCAGGGAUGGGAGAUGAUUUUAAUGCCUAGUACAGAACCACUCCAAAAGAAAGGGCUCAAAAUAGAAAUCAGUGGGGCUUUAGUUUCUUCUGAUUCAACCAAACUGCAAGCUCUGUUCUAUCAUGCCUUCUUUUGAUUUCUUGUCCUGGUUGUACCAAACAGAGGGCAGAGAUUGUAUUUGACAAAGCACUUUUGUUCCUUAUGGACUAUUGACUCCUCUUUGACAAGGAAAACAGGUAGUAGGACACAAAUAAAUAAAUUAAAAAAAAAAAAAGGCAAAAAAGAGACAUCACUUUGGAAGGAAAUCUGGGAUAAACCAGCAAAUGUUAUCUGUGUCUUUGUUAGAAAUUGUUUGGACAGGUUGGAAAAGGAAUCUUUAGGCCUGUUCAUACUGCCUUGUGGGAAAGUCCUGGUACAAUGAACAGGAGAGGGGAAGAGUCUUCCUUGAGAGGAAGAGAAGCCAAUGUCACACAAUGUUGGCCUUCCAGGCAAGACACUUCAAAUAUUUCUGGACAGAACCCAGAUUUUUUAACUUCACCUCUAAACAGAGUCAACAUCUGGGAGGUGGUUUCUGAAACUUCCCACAGAAGCUGGAACUGUGUGUUGCUUUGCCUUCCAUUACAAUUUAACACCCUGCAUGUCUCAGUUGCUUUUGAUAUAUUAAACACUAUUACUAGACUUGUUCAACACCAACCUGCUGAAAUGUGCUUGAUUAUCUUACAAAACACUGUACAAAAGUUGUUGUUUCACAUAUGAUGCUUGGCUUUGAUUUUCAUUACCAAGAUACACUGGCAGCUUACAGAAUACUUGAUCACAGCUCAGAGAAACUGGUAGGUUUAUUUUUGGUUUGGCAUGACAAUGGGAAAAAGCUGGAUUAAAAAUGUACUUAUCAUAAGACUUUAAACUCUCACUAUUGUUGGGCCACUCAAGUGUUGAAGACCUGGGGGAAUUUAGGGGAUUUAUCCAAGUGGUUUGCUGACUUCUACAGCUCUGGUCCCUCAGUUUAACAGGAAAGCAGAGCUGGGUCCAAGGCCUUAAUCUGAGAUUGCAGCUCAAAGCUACCUCUUCCACUGGCCAAAUCUGACCAUCUUGAGCUGAGCAAUGUAAGUCACAGCUGAUUUUAUUCUCUCUCCCCUCCUCACCUAGUUUUGGUAUCUCUGACCUAGAGAUGUGGUUCCCUUGAGCUCAAAGAAGUGAGGAUAACUCACUGCAAACCCCCAUGGUUUUCACAGAAUCACAGAGUGGUUUGGGUUAGAAGGGACCUUAAAGGCCAUCCAUAUCCAACCCCCUGCCUUGGGCAGGAACACUAGACCAGAUUGCUCAGAGCCCCAUCCAUUUCUUUGUAAAGGAAAGCACAGUACUGUAGAGAAGAAAGAGGUACAAACUGCCCCAUGUGUACCAGAAAAAUGGUUCUUUACAUGCCUUUUAACAGUGAUUAAACUACUAACCCAACAAGGUUUAGCUUUAAACCUAAUGGGGUGUGAGUGGCUUUUGCCAUUAGACAGAACACAAACUCCCAUCCACUGUGUUCUUGUCUGAGCUGAACUCUUCACCAGGGCAGAGAGGAGAGCAUUGGGGUGACACGCUGUUCAUCUAUGCAAAUUUCCUAUUGAGGUUUUGAACUGUUUGUUUUGACUAAAAAAAGAAUAAAAUCUGUCGAACCCACAGAUGUGAAGUGCUGCCACGUGGGUCUUGAGAAAUUCCCCUCUGAAGAGAGUCUAUCAAGUGACCUCUUCAAAUGUUAUUUUGAGGUUUUGUUUCUUUUCACAGUGCUCUUGCCAAGGCCAUCCAUUUGGCAGAGUGUGAAAUCAGGUUUAUAAAGUCAUUUUUCUAUUCAGAAAUUUCCCCCAGACAGGACUUUCUCACCACAGGCCCAGUACAUCAGUGUUGGAAUGCUCUGCUGAGCUUGUCUUUUUUGUAAAGUGUAUGAGACCUCACUUCAGCGAGGGUUUCAGGAGAAAACUGAGUGGAAAAUGGGUGAGGAGGGUUAGCAGGACACGUGCUGUAAACAUGACAAUAGCAGGACCUUUGAAUUCAUAGCAUCCAGCGUUCAGUGAAACAAGCCCCAAGGUGUGCUGCUGCUGCAGACAGCUCGUGUGGCAGGUUUGAACCCAUCAUCUGUGCAGCUGCAUCGCUCCUGCCCUCAGGGAGCACAGACAUCCACAGGGCAUGGGAGCACUGGUGCUUCCCUGUGCAAUGCCGUGAGUGUCAGUCUGGUGUCCUCCUGGCUGUGUUGCUUGGUAGCUGUUUAACCAAAGCUGUAUCUGCUAGAGCUCUGUCCAGUUCUUCACAUUCCAGCUCAACCAGUUCUCCUGUUCUCAGUCUGGAUUCGUUUAGUAUGAAAACAGAAAUUACUGAUCCAAAAUUUCAUGAUGCUGUGUCCUGGCUUUGUGAUCCAGAGUCCUUCCCCAGCUGUGCCACCUGAUAGUCUUGCACAUAUUGUAUUUAUGGCAAAUAUUUUUUAAAGUGCACCUUUUUUUUUUUUCUUCUGAGAUACAAAAUGUUGAUAUGCUUUAUUUUCUGUGGCCUGUUGCUCAAUGGGGAAAAAAUGAAUGUUAAAGUGUGUCAGUGUCUCUUUUGUAAUAUUUUCUGUGACAAAGGGAAGGAAGAGGGUGAGAAAUCCUUUUGUGUAGCAAUGGGAAACACUCUUUCAGUGUAACAUGCUAUUAUUGAUACUGUAUGUACUGAUCAAAGUGUAAUGAAAUUGUUAAUUCCUGAUAUAGCCUUUGUACUGUAUGGUAUUUUAUUUUAUUUUGUUAUUCAUUGAUCCUAUGAAAUAAAUAUCCAGAUUUAA